AUGCUUUAUCGACCAAAAAUUACACAUGCUAUUUUUGACUUAGAUGGUACAUUAUUAGAUUCUGAAGUAAUUUAUACUAAAGCCAAUAUUGCAACAUUAGAAAAACACGGUGUUGACGGGAAAUUAUUUACUGUAUCUGUUAAAUUUGGUAUGGCUGGAAAAAAACAACAAGAAGCAAUAAAAUAUCUAUUACAAAAAUUACAAAUUGAUGAUAAAAUAACAGUCGAAGAAUACAAGAAAACCUAUGAUAUUGCUUUAGAAGAAUUAUUACCAAGUGCCAAAUUAUUUCCUGGAGCUAUUGAGAUAGUAGAAUAUUUUAAAAAAAAUUCUAUUCCAUUGGCUAUAUGCACAGGAUCCAAUGAAUGGGAAUUUAAUUUAAAGACAAAAAAUCACCAAGAUCUCAUUAAACAUUUUGAUGUUAUUGUUUUAUGUGGUAGUGAUCCCGAUGUAAAGUUUGGAAAACCACAUCCUGAUGCUUUUAUUGUUACAAUGAAUAGAUUUUCUACUAUUCCAGAAUCUCCAAUGAAUUGUAUUGUUUUUGAAGAUGCACCUAAUGGUGUUUUUGCUGCUGUCUCAGCUAGAUGUCAAGUUGUUAUGAUUCCUGAAUAUGAAGAUAGUCAAAUUGAAGAUGCAAAAAAGAAAGCUACUAUAGUUCUUAAAAGCUUAUUUGAAUUUAAUCCGGAAGAAUUUAUGUUACCACCAAAAUAA